AUGGCUCUCGUCGAGGUGCCGACGCCGCUGGCCCUUCUGGGUGGUUUGCUGGCAAUGGCUCUGAGUGCGCACUACAUGACGGCACGCAGCAAGACGGGCGUGCUGGGCAAGAUGGCGGCUUUGGUGAACAUGCUGUGCUUCCUCAAUGCCUCCCUUGGCGUUAACGUCGUCAUGGCGCUUACCUACCUCUUCGUCAGGCCCUUCAGCGCCGCCACCGUACGCAGGCUGAACUCGAAUUUUGCGGAGGCGAUGUGGGCGGACGCGGUGAGUGCCAUCAUGCCGCCGUCGAAGGUGGUGGUGACGGGGGAGAUGCCGGACGAUGACACCCAGGCUAUCGUCAUUGCCAACCAUCAGGUGGAUUGUGACUGGUGGUUCCUCUUCGAGCUGAUGCGACCACUCCGGCGGCACGGAGCCUUGAAAAUCAUCCUGAAGGACGACCAGAAGCACAUCCCGGUGACGGGCUGGGGCAUGCGCGGCUUUGGCUUCGUGUUCCUCAAGAGAGACUGGGUUAAGGACAGGGCUAACCUGGAGAAACAGCUCGGCGUUUUCACCGGAGACGGUUUCCCGCUGCGGCUCCUCAUAUUCCCGGAGGGAACGACGAUAAACGGCAGGUCGAUGGAGAAGUGCACGGCGUUCGCCAAGAAGGAACAACGCCCGAGGUUCGAGCACCUCUUGCUCCCGCGAACGACGGGAUUCGGCGCCUGCCUGAAUGCCUUCCGUCGGACGGAAAGCCCGGGCGGUCGGGGUGGGGGUGGGGGUGGGGGUGCGAGAAGAGGAGGAGAUGGAGGGGGAGAGGGGGCGGCCAGAGGCGCCGGGGCCGCAGGGCAUUCAAGCCGUGUGGUGUACGAUAUUACGAUGGGCUACACCGGCUACAGCGGGGAAAUCCCCUCGUGGGAGAUGGGCUACACGCGGGAUAGGGACGUCGACGUCCCAAACCUUGGGGCUUUGCUCAAGGGCCGCGCUCCUGGACCCGUUCACCUUCACGUCGAGAAGCACUGCGUGGACGACAUCGCUGGCGACGGCAAGACCUGGUUAGACGCCACCUGGGCCCGAAAGGACGCCCUCCUGCGGCGCUUCGUCGAGGACGGCCGCUUCCCGCACCAGCCGGUCGCGGUUUUCGAGUCCCGCAAGAGCCCGAUGGCCUUCCUCUUGCUGUCGGCCACGCCCAUCGUUGCCGGCCUGUUGCUGUACCACGGCAUCACGGACGCCUUGGCGAUGUUCGCGGCGGGAGCGGCGGCGGCGGCGGCAGCGGGGGGAGACGCGGGCGGCAUCGUGGCGGGCGUUGCGAAGGGGGCCGCCGCAUCAGGAGCAACAAGCGAGGAGGAGGAGGUGGAGGAGGAGGAGGAGGAGCGGCGGCGAUAG